CCAAUAGCACGAUGAGUGAACUGUAAGAAGUUUCUGGCUGUGCUGAGACUUGCUGGACCUUACAAGAUUCAUCGUCGGUGAAAGUGUCUGAAAAUUAAGUUAUAGAGACAAUGGCUACUUCACGCAAGAAGGUGGACAACCGGAUUCGGGUUCAGAUAGAGAAUGGCGUGGCUCUCCAGCAUCGCACCCUGUUCGUUGUGGUGGGGGAUCGCGGAAGAGAUCAGGUUGUCAUCCUGCAUCACAUGCUGUCUAAAGCAGCUGUUAGAGCUCGACCCUCUGUGCUCUGGUGCUACAAAAAAGAACUUGGAUUCAGCAGCAAUCGAAAGAAGCGCAUGAGGCAACUUCAAAAGAAGAUUAAAACAGGAACAUUGAGCCUUAAGCAAGAUGAUCCAUUUGAGCUCUUUGUCGCUGCAACCAAUAUCCGCUACUGUUACUACAAUGAGACACACAAGAUCCUGGGAAACACCUAUGGCAUGUGCAUUUUACAGGAUUUUGAAGCUCUUACUCCUAAUCUAUUGGCUAGAACAGUUGAAACUGUUGAAGGAGGUGGUAUUGUGGUAAUACUGCUUAGGACAAUGACUUCUCUUAAGCAGCUGUACACAAUGACUAUGGAUGUACAUUCUCGAUAUCGGACUGAGGCCCAUCAAGAUGUGGUGGGACGGUUUAAUGAGCGGUUUAUUCUCUCUCUUGUAUCCUGCAAGACGUGUGUUGUCAUUGAUGACCAACUAAACAUCCUUCCUAUCUCCAGCCACAUGGCCACUAUCAAGCCUGUUCCUCCAAAGACUCAGGAGGAUGGCCUGUCCCCACUUGAACAGGAGUUGAAGGAUCUGAAGGAGUCCCUUCAGGAUACUCAGCCUGUAGGUGUGUUGGUGGACUGUUGCAGGACCAUGGACCAGGCCAAAGCGGUGCUUAAGUUCAUUGAGGCCAUCUCAGAGAAGACCUUGAGGAGCACAGUGGCUCUGACUGCCGCCCGUGGACGAGGCAAAUCGGCAGCAUUGGGUCUAGCUAUAGCUGGAGCCAUAGCCUUUGGCUACUCCAAUAUCUUCGUAACCUCGCCAAGUCCAGAUAACCUUCAAACCAUGUUUGAAUUUAUCUUCAAAGGCUUUGAUGCCCUACAAUAUCAGGAGCACCUAGACUAUGAAAUAGUCCAGUCAUUGAAUCCAGAGUUCAAUAAAGCAGUGGUGCGAGUGAACAUCUUCAAAGAGCAUCGACAGACCAUUCAGUACAUCCACCCAGCGGAUGCAGUAAAACUAGGGCAGGCUGAGCUGUUGGUCAUUGAUGAGGCUGCAGCCAUCCCUCUUCCUCUGGUCAAGAGCCUAUUGGGACCUUAUCUUGUCUUCAUGGCCUCCACUAUCAAUGGGUAUGAGGGCACUGGACGUUCUCUGUCACUUAAACUGAUUCAGCAGUUGAGACAGCAGAGUGCAGACAGUCAACAAAGCUUGUCAGCAGAGAACAGGAACACCAGCACAGCUCGGCUAGCAGCAGCUCGUUCUCUCCAUGAGAUUUCACUGCUGGAGUCCAUUCGCUAUGCCCCAGGAGACCCUGUAGAGAAGUGGCUGAAUGAGUUGCUGUGUCUUGACUGUCUGAACAUUCCCAGGCUGGUUUCUGGCUGUCCCCUCCCUCAGACUUGUGACUUAUAUUAUGUGAACAGAGACACGCUCUUCUGUUACCACAAGGCAUCUGAGGCCUUCCUCCAGAGACUGAUGGCCCUUUAUGUGGCAUCACACUACAAAAAUUCCCCCAAUGACCUCCAGAUGUUGUCCGAUGCCCCAGCCCAUCACCUUUUCUGCCUUCUGCCUCCUGUCCCACCCACACAGAAUUCUCUACCAGAGGUCCUGGCUGUGGUGCAGGUGUGCUUAGAGGGGGAAAUAUCUCGCCAGUCCAUUCUCAACAGUCUUUCCAGAGGAAAGAAGGCCUCUGGUGACCUUAUCCCCUGGACUGUGUCAGAGCAGUUCCAAGAUCCAGAGUUUGGCAGCCUCUCUGGAGGCAGAGUGGUGAGGAUUGCUGUCAACCCGGACUAUCAGAGGAUGGGCUAUGGCUCCAGGGCUCUUAAGCUGCUGCAGAUGUACUAUGAAGGCAAAUUCCCCACCAUGCAUGAGAACAUGCAGUCAACCAACAGUGAGAUCAUGACUGUUGGUAGUGAGGCUGUCAGUCUUCUGGAGGAGGUUGUCACUCCAAGAAAGGAACUACCUCCUUUAUUGCUUAAACUGAGUGAGAGGACAGCAGAGAGGCUAGACUAUCUAGGGGUCUCCUUUGGCCUUACCUCUCAGCUGCUUAAGUUCUGGAAGAAAGCAGGUUAUACCCCAGUCUACUUGAGACAAACUCCUAAUGAUCUGACCGGGGAGCACUCGUGCGUGAUGCUCAAGGCCCUAAAUACAGAUGAGGGCUCAGAGCAGGGCCAGUGGCUGUCUGCCUUCUGGAAAGAUUUCCGCCGGCGUUUCCUUUCUCUGCUGUCCUACCAGUUCAGCAGCUUCAACCCCAGCCUGGCACUCAACAUCUUGCAGAACAGGAACACAAAGGAGGAGACAAACGCCCUCAGCACCACCGCACUAUCAGUCCAUUUCAGCCCCUAUGACCUGAAACGUCUGGAGUUGUAUUCAAGGAGUAUGGUGGACUACCACCUCAUCAUGGACCUGAUCCCAGCCCUGGCUCGUCUGUUCAUGCUCAAUCAGCUGGGCGAAGUUUCCCUGUCGGCAGCACAAUGUGCGUUAUUGUUGGGGAUUGGGCUGCAGCACAAGUCAGUGGAACAGUUGGAGAAGGAAAUUGAUCUUCCUAGUUCACAACUCUUGGGCCUCUUCAACCGCCUCAUACGUAAAUUUGUACAGGUCUUUACUGGUAUCCAAGAAAAAGCCAUUGAAGCAGAGAUGGUGGCCUCUAAAGAGAUUGCCAUGGAGCCGACAGUCCCUAGCCUAAAUGAUGAUCUGAAUGAGGCUGCUAAGGAGUUUGAAGAGAAGCGCAAGCAGGAUUUAGAAAAAGUCAAGGAGAUGGACCUUGAAGAGUACAAGAUUCAUGGAAAUGAUGCUGAAUGGGUUCAGGCAUUGAAUAAAGCAGGGAACACGGCUGUUGUCAGUAUUAAGAGUGACAAGAAGAGGAAAUUGGAUGGGGAAAACCACACCGCAGAUCUAGGAGUUCCACAGAAGGGCAAACUCAAAAAGGACAUGCAACAGGGCAGGUUUAAAAAGAACAAGGACAAGAAAAGCAAAUUUAGACGACCAUGAUCUUAAGC